GUUGGGUUUGUUUUCUCUUGAACAGAGGCAGGACGAAGUGUUUAUUUAUAUGCUCACUCGCCAUUGACCACAAAUUAUCUCUCUCAUUAAUAUUCAUACUUUCUUGCCUAAACGACUUCCUUUUUCUCUCCCAAUCCCCUCUGCCUUCUUCUCUUCGUGUUGUUCUUUGAAUCGAUUUGGCUACAUUUCCAAUUUCAUGUAAACUGAAGGUUACGUAAGCGCAUGUUCUUCUGCUGAACUUUCUGGUUUGAUUCUCUUUUGUGAUUAUAAUGUAACAGCAAAUCGAUUUCUACUCUUUCGGAUCGUUCUCUCUGUUUAGCUAAUGCCCAUUUGCUCUACUCUCGUCUGAAUCUUAGUUUUCAUAUUUUAGCCAUGAAUUCUCGUUAGUUUCACACAAGAAUCAAACUUUCUCUGUUUUUAGAGAUACCCAUUCGCUUGAAUUAAUACAGAAUUCUUGUUUUAGUAAAUGGGAACUCGUUAGAGUUUUGAUCUUUUCUCUGGCUUCCAUUUUCUCACCUUGAAACUUGUCUCUUUCUUCAACGUUCGUAACAUGUAACUGUUCUUGUUAUUUCCACUGCAUUCCAACUGUUUGAUGAAAUUCCUUUCUUUUUUCUUGAUCAAACAAGUAUAUUAAGAUGAUGGAUCUACUUUUUGAUCAAGUCAACCGUUAGUCGAGCGAUCUCUAUAGAUGGGGGAGUGCUUUGCUAUUUCGUUAAUCUAUCAACUCAUUGACUACCAAUGAAUUCACUCCGUUAAUAUCCGUAACACUUAUUCUAUUUCACAUUCAUUACUUGAUUCUUUGAUCAUUCAAACAAUAUACACUCACUGAUUCUUUACUGACCCCCCUAAGAUGUAACAGCAAUUAGCAAUUGCACAUAUUACAACUUUCAUCGAUUUCACGGGGGUCAUCACUCAUCACAUAACAACAACACACACAGAUGACUAAAUUUAAAUAUUCCGAUCAUCACACUUUUAGUGACGAAGCAAAAUCCCUUGUAUUUCUGCCCAUUUAUACACAUAUCUUCUGUAUGCACGUUUAAAUCGGGUGUGUUCUUAGCCUCUCAAGCCUUUUCUUUCUUCGAUAAAGAAGAAAAACCCAUCACAUAACUAAAUAAAACCAAAAUAUUGUAACUUUAUGGAAGAAACAUUUGUUCCUUUCCGUGGAAUCAGUAACGAUCUCAAAGGACGAUUGCUCUGCUACAAACAAGACUGGACAGGUGGCAUCCGAGCUGGUAUCAGGAUUUUGGCUCCAACAACAUAUAUAUUCUUCGCUUCAGCAAUUCCAGUUAUAUCUUUUGGGGAGCAGUUAGAAAGGGAUACUGAGGGAAGCCUAACAGCUGUGCAAACUUUAGCGUCAACAGCAUUAUGUGGCAUCAUUCACUCGAUAGUUGGAGGGCAACCACUUCUUAUAUUAGGUGUUGCUGAGCCAACUGUGUUAAUGUACACUUUUAUGUUCAAGUUUGCUAAAGACCAAAAAGACCUUGGAAAGCCUCUUUUCUUAGCAUGGACUGCAUGGGUGUGUGUGUGGACGGCUUUUCUGUUGGUUUUGCUGUCGAUUCUUGGUGCGUGUUCUAUUAUCAAUAGAUUCACAAGAAUCGCUGGUGAAUUGUUUGGUCUUCUAAUUGCAAUGCUUUUUAUGCAACAAGCUAUUAAAGGAGUUGUGGAGGAAUUUGGCAUACCAAAAAGUCAAAACCCCAGUCAACUCGCAUUUCAACCUUCAUGGCGUUUUGGAAACGGAAUGUUUGCAUUGGUUUUGUCUUUUGGCCUUCUUUUAACGUCUUUAAAAAGCCGUAAAGCAAGGUCAUGGCGCUACGGGACGGGAUGGCUGAGGGGAUUCAUUGCGGAUUAUGGAGUCCCUCUUAUGGUGGUUAUUUGGACAGGUGUCUCGUACAUACCAACUAAGAAUGUUCCGGAAGGAAUACCAAGGCGACUUUAUAGUCCAAAUCCAUGGUCUCAUGGUGCUUAUACAAAUUGGACUGUUGCAAAGGAUAUGUUGAAUGUUCCUCUUGUUUAUAUCAUUGGAGCUGUUGUUCCAGCUACCAUGAUUGCAGUUCUCUACUAUUUUGAUCACAGUGUUGCAUCUCAACUUGCACAACAAAAAGAGUUUAAUCUAAAGAAGCCACCUUCAUAUCAUUAUGACCUUCUUCUUUUAGGCUUUUUGACAUUAUUAUGUGGGCUAAUUGGCAUUCCUCCAGCCAAUGGAGUUAUUCCACAAUCUCCAAUGCACACAAAGAGCUUAGCCACACUAAAACAUCAGCUUCUACGAAAUAAACUUGUAUCCACAGCUCGAAGAAGCAUACGCCAAAAUACAAACCUGGGUGAAUUAUACCGAAAUAUGCAACAAGCAUACAACGAAAUGCAAACUCCACUCGUAUAUCAGAAUCCAUCAACUCUGGGGCUCAAAGAGCUAAAAGAAUCGACAAUACAACAAGCGUCUACUAGUGGUUACAUCGACGCAGCUGUUGAUGAAACUGUGUUUGAUGUGAAUAAAGAUGUCGAUGAUUUAUUGUACGUUGAAGUGAAGGAGCAACGCCUGAGCAAUCUGCUACAAGCGGUGAUGGUUGGCGGUUGUCUGGCUGCGAUGCCGGUUCUUAAAAAGAUUCCGACUUCGGUUCUUUGGGGUUACUUUGCUUUCAUGGCGAUUGAAAGCUUACCUGGUAAUCAAUUUUGGGAACGAAUCUUAUUACUCUUCACUGCUCCAAGUCGAAGAUACAAGGUGUUGGAAGAAAAUCAUGCGAGUUUUGUUGAAAGUGUUCCAUUCAAAACAGUUGCUUGGUUUACAUUGUUUCAAACGGUUUACUUGUUGGCUUGUUUUGGCAUAACAUGGAUUCCAAUUGCGAGUGUUCUUUUCCCACUCUUGAUCAUGCUUCUUGUUCCUGCAAGACAAUAUUUGCUUCCAAAACUUUUCAAAAGCGCACAUCUUCAAGAUUUGGAUGCUGCUGAAUAUGAAGAAGCCCCUCCCACCACCUACAAUAUGGCAUUUCGUGAUGAUGAUGAUGCUCAAUCAAGAACAUCCCAAAUGGAUAGUGCGCAGGUUCUUGAUGGAAUCAUGACAAGAAGCAGAGGAGAGAUCCGUCAUUCCAACAGUCCAAAAAUAACAAGUUCGACUCAAACUCCUCAACAAAUGCAGCCUGCUUAUAGUCCACGUCAGCAGACUUACGACAGUCCAAGUCAGCAUAUUUAUAGUCCACGUCAGCAGAGUUACAGUCCACGUGUAAGGAGCCCGGGAUCGGUUGGAAAAGGGAUUGAAAUCAAGCAAACACCGAGUCCUGGUCCAUCAAAUCUUGGAGAAAGCAGUAGGGGAUCUUCUUUGUGAAAACGUUUGAAUGCUUGAGAGGUUUCUUAUUUGUGUGAAUUAAUUGUUAUUGUGAUAUAAGAUGUAGAAUGUUGCGAGUGUUUCUUUUUAAUUUAAUGUAUGUGUGUGGUCUUUGGGCAGAAAACAAGUCAUCAGUUUUAUAAUGGAA